UGAAAAUAUCGCGCAUGCGCACUGCCGGUUGUCUACUAAGUGAGAGAGCAGGUGAGCAUGGCAGUCGGUACAAUGUCACUGGAGCGAUAUCGGAGUGAAUGGGAAGAGAUAGAGAAAGAGUUUCAACAGCUUCAGGAAACUCAUAAGGUGUACCGGCUGAAGCUGGAGGAGCUCACACACCUGCAAGCUAUCUGCAGCAGUGCCAUAUGCAAACAGAGGAAAGGCCUUAAAGAGCUCGGACACACGCUUCGUCAAUGCGUAAAAACAAGCAACGACACAGACUCCCUGAGCAUAAACUCCCUGCAGGCGCAGAUUAAAGAGAAGCAGAAUGUCUUCUUUGACAUGGAGGCAUACCUGCCGAAGAAGAACGGAUUGUAUUUAAACCUGGUCCUUGGGAAUGUGAACGUGACGCUACUCAGCAACCAGGCGAAGUUUGCUUAUAAGGAUGAGUAUGAGAAGUUCAAGCUGUGCAUGACCAUCAUCCUGCUGCUGGGUGCCAUCACAUGCCUCUUCCUGCUGAACUACCGAGUCAUAGAUGAAAUCUUCAACUUUUUAUUGGUGUGGUAUUACUGCACACUGACCAUCAGAGAAAGCAUCCUCAUCAACAACGGCUCCAGAAUUAAAGGCUGGUGGGUUUUACAUCACUACGUCUCCACGUUUCUCUCGGGUGUCAUGCUGACCUGGCCUGAGGGUGUGAUAUAUCAGAGGUUCAGGAGUCAGUUCCUGGCCUUCUCCAUCUACCAGAGUUUUGUGCAGUUUCUGCAGUAUUAUUAUCAGAGCGGGUGUCUGUAUCGGCUGCGUGCUUUAGGGGAGAGGAAUCAGCUGGACCUGACAGUAGAGGGUUUUCAGUCAUGGAUGUGGAGAGGACUGACCUUCCUCCUGCCGUUCCUGUUCUUUGGACAUUUUUGGCAGCUGUACAACUCAAUGACUCUGUUCAAACUUGCUGCACGGGACGACUGUAAAGAGUGGCAGGUGUUCAUGCUGGCUCUGACGUUCCUCGUGCUGUUCCUGGGUAACUUUCUUACCACGCUGAAGGUGGUCCAUCAGAAGGUACAGAAGAACAACCACGAGGAGGAGGAGGAGAAGAAAAACUAAAACCACUCUCCCUGAGUGGGGUCACGUGACCUCAGGCAUGGCUGUCCUGGCGACAUCCUCAUCACUAACGAGACCACGUUCUGAAAAAAGGAGGAGCGAGCGCCGAGUCUCGAUCCUCCACAUGCGCUUAGGCUUCUCUCGGGUGUGUUAGGUGAUGGACAUUUCAGUGAUUUGACACGUUUUACUCGCGCUCGCUGUGAACGUUUACACGUGCGCCUGCUGCUGGAGACGGCAGCACGUGUGAUCCGCGAUUCACGAGGAGAAAGGGGACUCUGAUGGGUUAUUAAUAAACGAUGCUAAAUAAAA